AAGCAUUUCGUCACCGGCUUCCUCAGCUGAUAACAAAAUGGCCGCCGCGUUGUGACAGCUGAGCAACAGCGGGCGCAUAACUUGGUAGAGUUUUCGUAAUACAUCUACGGUAUACAGAGCGAUUUUAAAUCGUGAUAUAUCAAAGAUCCAAACUAACCUAUUAUAUCGUACUGUCGAACAAUUAAACAAAAUCGAAAAUGUCACAAUAGAGUGUCGUAUGAACAUUGCGCAGUGGAAGGUCUUCGCAUUGACGGUCUCCAGUCGCACAUUUUUUCCCGUUCUUCUUGUCCUCCGCCCGGCGAACCAAUGGGAGUAUGUAGGUCAGCCGCUGAGCCAAUGAGCGUCGAGGAGUAGAUCACGUGGGUUUGUUGUUAUCUAUCAGCUGUUUUUCCCGGGCGGCCGGCCGGCGCAGUGAAAGCCGCCCGGUCCUCAGUCCCAGCCGGUCGGCCAGCUGUGUCGUGUCAUAUGUCCGCUCGCGGUUCGAUUUAACAAACUGCGUCAUCGAGAAAAUCGUAACUCGCCUGAAAACAACAUUUUGUUUAAAAAUCCUUCAAUUCUUACGGAACGGCUCGCCUAGCCAAUUACUUCGAGGGCACUUCCCUUGCUAUUAUGCUGUCCGCCAGGAGACGAGGCAUACCACCGCAUCGCUUUGUGCGUUCCGUGAGGAGUUCCUUUAACGGCGAGCACGCUCAGCGGAGAGCUGGGCUAUGACCUAAGGACCAGUGGUUCUCAGUGCAGUGCAUUAUUACCCCGAUUAGUUAAGUAGUACGCGUGUUAGUUAAGUGCGUGGCCAUGUCGACGGGCAAGAGACUGGCCAAGCGUAGCAUCAUCGGCACCAGGGUUUGCGCCCCCGGGAACGACGGUAAAUACUACAGUGGCGUGAUUCACGCAGUGAAAACACCGGCGAGUACUACUGCCGAAUCUGGACUUAGCAUUACUCCCAAGACAAGGUACUCUGUAAGAUUUGACGCGGUACCAGGUGGUCGUCCGCCGAGUCCAAGUACCGAGUACUCUGACAGGGACCUCAUUGGACCUGGUUUUGGUUCUGUCACUGCAGCCAUACUCGUACCUGGACAGAAGGUCUAUCUCACCUACAACGGACGGGAGAUACACGCCGAGGUUACUCAGCAUCGAGAGCACUUGGACGAGGUUGACGUGAUCAUUGCGCCCAAUGGUCAAGAGGGCACCAUGAGUCUCACGAAACGUAUUGACGAGGUUCGACUGCUGGAGUCGCGCAAAAGCGCCAGACUCGCAGAUCAAGAUACAAAUUUCGCGAGACUGGCUGACGUCGGCGGUGAUCGUAAAAGAGCCUCCUCGCACUCCAUCGACGUGCCCCAUGUUAUCGGAUCCCGAAAACGACGUCCCAGUUCCAGCAAUGACUCGGAGCGUUCGUACGGUGGUAGCGGAGGUGGCAUCAGCAUGGGUCUAGGCUCUGGGAAUAUCGGAGGGGUCGUUCCCGGAAGUAGUGGACCUCACGGUGUUACAAACAUCGGAUGGAAUCCUCAUGGCUGUGGUCGCGAGGGUUGUCGCACCAAUGAACGCGGUGAUUGCAUGGACGAGUGUACGGCAGCCCUUGUUCUCAUGUCACUAUCGUGUUCACCUCACAGUCCUCACAACCCUCUGCCACUUCACUGCCAGCAAAACUAUGGCUCCUGGGGAGGACGAGGUGGCGUCGUAGUCGGUUCACCAGGUGCAGGAGGAACAUCGAACAGCAGCAGCAGCAGCGGUGCUUCCUGGAGAAGUGGUACACCAAGUCCGCCGUUGAGCGACGAAGGUGCUCCAACGACCGAUUCCUUAUGGCCGUCAUCGAGCACCGGCCAUUCCGUGCACCCUUCAAACGCUGCCACGGGGCUUCAGGCUACUGUCCAUCAUCAUCACCGUCAUCAUCAUCAGUACCAACAUAACGCCUCGGGUUCUUCGUCCGGUAGUACACCAGGAUCUACGACCACCCUGGACGAGGGUAUCGUGCCUGACUACCUCGAGGAACAUCAUCCACGUAAAAAGAAGAUUCGAGCCAAGGUCAACCGGGAUCUCAUCGAGGACGGAACCAGUGCCUGUUCGACCUUCGAAAGCGACCAGGCUAAUCCAACGACGGUUUUCAAAUGCUUCUGGCCUGGAUGCUCAGAGAUUAAAACCACCUGUGCCCUUAUCGAGGAACACGUACGCCAGCUCCACUUAGGUCCUAAGAAAUCAAAAGGUUUCGACAACGAGGAGGACGACGUCAUGUCUGACCACGAAGAGGAGUUUUAUUAUCAGGAGGUUCCACUGAACCACAUGAGCUCUCCGCCGACAAUGUCCCAUCGGGACAUGGCAAGGCCACCUCACGAGGAUCCUGAAUACCAGAAGCAGCUGCGCCUCGAAGCGAGUCCAUCUUCCGUUCUUACCGACAAUCUCGUCACCGUCGGCAUUCGAGAAAAGAGCAAUACCAUCAGUUCCGCUACUCCGAAUACACCAAGUAAGCACAUCAAACUGUCGCCCCGACCGUUCCAGCUUACGUAUCAGCCUAACAUGGGCUUGCUGGCAGUGUCGACGAAAAUGCCAGCGUCACCUAGGCGGAUUCGGGGAGAAACAAAGAAGUGUCGAAAGGUUUACGGUAUGGAGCAUCGUGACCUCUGGUGCACCCAGUGCAAGUGGAAGAAGGCCUGCAGUCGCUUCGGCGACUAGGCCAGAAGAAAAAAGAAGUCUAAUAGCAGUUUGCCGGCUUUGAACGUCCCGCCGGCCGCCAUCUUGCGCCGGCUGCCGCACCAGCGGCCGACAACGGCCGCUCGCGGCACUAAUCUUUCGCAUGGCUGAAAGAACACCUUCUUAUAUAUGGUAUUUUCUGCCAGCCCAACCUCGAACUUAUCGACCACUCCCUUCCCCAGCCUAAUUAUUCUUCAUUCGGAGGGUUUCGGUCCUUCGCUUAAACACGAAUGCUGUCCACUCCUUGACUAAGAGCCGCCGGACACCUCUCUUAGGAAAGUCUAAUCCCAUGACGGAUUCACGACGGUUGGGGCUGGCCCUCAAGCGACCCCGUCGGAAUUGCCUUUGUCGGGAUGGAUAUCAGGUCAUAGUCUCAAAGCUGCGGAAAACGAGGCUUGGGGUGUCUUAAUAUUCAGUACUACAAAUACCGAUGUAAUUCACGGCAGCGUUCUGCUUUUCCAAAAAUGACGAGGAGCAAUCCAGGAGUGUUCCAAUUACAGUUCAUGAAUUUUCGGACAAAUCGAGCGUGAUUCAAGUAUCUGCGGGCGGGGACUUGGUUGUCACAGGCUCGCACCGAAAUCUAAUGAGCUUCUUCCUACUAAGCGCCUGGCGCGGUUCGACAUCAGCGUCUCGAGAGUUUGAAAUAGUUUUCAAAAAAAUGUCUGCGCUGUAUCGAAUAACUCUUUGAGGCCAAUGAGUGACAUUAGGAAGAAUAAGAACGAUAAAGAGCUAAUUGUGAUAUUUUAUCUAAAUUAUUCGGGUCUGUUGAGCCGGUUCGCAAAAAGAAAAAAAAAAAUUGAAAAAAAAAAGAAGGACCGUAUUAUCGGAUGAGAAGCGCACCGAUAGCGAGAAAAAGUCGAAAAAAAUUUUUUAUACACCAAUUCUAUACUGCCAGACAAACAAUAAGAAAUACGGAUGACGCCGUUGUUCAAGGUUCAUAGGCAACUAAUGUGUUAAGGCGUCGUCUUAUACAUUUAUACGGCAGCGUGGGUAACACGCGCAACUAGCACGUCCCGAUAACGCCAUUUUGUAAGGUCGAGCACAAUCGUCAUUUUUGCGGGAGAAAAUUACACGCGAAAUUGUUGCGCGAAAUCACGCGAGCGAAAAGAUCGAAAUCAAUCGGCUAAAUGUCAACAGUUUAAUAUGAUUCCAUCUAGCAGUCAACAGUGCUCAAAGCAGAAUGGCGUAUCCUCACGACAGACAACUUUGCGACCUAUACGAUACUAAUGAUUUUUCGCGUUGUACAUUCUCAAGUCCAUUGAUAACAAUGCUAUCAAAAAUCUCAUGAAAAUUGCCCAUCUAGUUGUUACGAAAUAACACCUAAUCUCGAGAGUCUCCCGUGUCGUAAAUCGAACCACUCAAAUGUCGUAAAGUUCAGUUCUGUCGUGAAGAGACGAAAAGGAGAAAUAUAUGUCGUAAUAGUACGACUAAGAUCAAGUACAAUUACUUUGAAGAGAAAAAAAGAAAGAAGAAAAAAUCAAUAAGCGUACCGGUAAUCGUGGCUAAGUGCGAGCCUACCUUAAGUCGAGCCGUAAUGUGCGUGCGUUCGCAAUAUAUAAGUAACGCGAUUAAAAUCGUGCGCGCUCUCUCACCACUUUUGCAAAUGGCGCAUGUAGCUUGAAUGGCAAUUACUACCGCCCUAAGGGACGUUUCACAUAAAACGUCGCGAUGAACGAUAAUAAGAUCAAAAAUUUCUACGAUCGUCUUUGGGAUUAAAGUAGGCACUAAUUUAAAUCGCUCGCGCGAUCUGCGUGUCAGCUCGACUUUUUAUGUAAACGUGACCUGACCUAAUGUAGCGAUAGAAUAUAAGGCAUAAUGUACAUACGAGUGCCACAAUGGAAUAUCAUCUUUGAUUACUGAGUAUCGCGCGUCCCUGCGCCAGAAUGAGAAUGACUAUGAAAGAUUUUGUGAUUCAAUGAAAUUCGAGACCUUUUUGGGUUAUGUUUUAUAAGAAAACAAAGGGUGAGAAAUUAUAUCACGAAUAUCGCACAUCAUAUGCUCAAUCUGAAUGCACCGAGUGGACGUGCUACUGACAACACGGAGUAACGAGUUAUGAUAAAAAAAAAAAGAAAAAAAAAAGUAAAUGAGACAAGUCCGCGCUCAACAGUAA